AUGAAAUCUCUAGUGCUGAUCAUAGCAGUCAAAAUUCAUGCAGCGGCAACUACUCAUUGCGUACAACAAAUGGUCCAAAUUCAAUUGUUUUUGGCACCAUAUAAUAUUGCAACAUGGUUGUGCACGAAUGGUCAGAUAAAUGUGCAAGAUCAAACCGUUCACGUAACAAUUAGUGGCAUUACCGCUGAUCACAACUAUUGGCAUUUUCCAAAUCAGUCCUAUGUUGACUAUCUCGUUCAGACAGGUGGCUAUGUCGUGUUUAAUUUUGAUCGUUUAGGUGUUGGUCUUAGUGAUCGUCCAAUAAUCGGGACAUUAAUCACAGCUGAUAUACAUGCUGAAGUGCUCUCUCAGUUAGUCAAAUAUUUGAAGCAACAACUUAAAUUUCCUAAAAUUGUUCUUGUUGGCCAUUCACUCGGUUCACUUACUAUAUGGACGUAUGCGUCGAACUACAAAAAUGCCGAUAUUGACGGCAUCAUUAUUACUGGCCUUUUACAUAAUUACAAUUUCACAAGUCUCUUCUCAUUCGGUCUUGAUUUAUACAUAGCAAAUUUGGAUUCAAAAUUUUCAUAUUUACCUCUUGAUUAUCUCACCACAAUACCAAAUACACGAGUCAAUUAUCUUUUUUAUUCAACGAAUGCUGAUCCAUACGCGAUUGCUCUAGAUGAACAGUUGAAAGAGACUGGCACUUUGGGUGAACUUGCUCUCGGUAUUUUUAAAUUUUCAGCCUCUGUCUCAUUGUCAAUUAAUGUUCCUGUACUCGUUGUUAUUGGUCAAAAAGACAUUGAAUAUUGCCAACAAGAUUAUGCUGUUUCGUGUGAAAAUAGUGGCAUUGUUCUUCAACGAGAAACCCCGUUUUAUUCAACUAAUACUUGUCUUGAAACGUAUGUUCAGACAGAAUCAGCACAUGCUAUUAAUUUGCAUCGAAAUGCGCAAGAUUGGUAUCAGAUGGCGGUGAACUGGAGUAACAGACGAAUAGGGAAAACAUGGAAUUCAUCAGCAACACAACCUUGUUAG